UUUAAGACUAUACUCAAACUACCUCUUCCUUUUUCUUCUUUUCCCCUCUCUGAAGCCAUUGAAGCAAGCAAAGCUUAUAAUAUCAAGAAAAACUCCGAUCAAGCAAACAACAUAAAAGCUAUCGCAUUCCCAAAAGCAAAGCUAAAAGCUGUCCAAGAAAAGUUCUUCCCCUCUCUCUUUCUGCGAACUCUCAAAAGGAGAACCAAAACACAAAACCAAUCCUCAAAUAAUGGACGAAGAGGAAGACAUGCCGCUAUUCUGGCUUCAAGCCACCAACACUCGCCACCGUUCCCGCGGCCUCCGCCGUCAAACCUCCUCUAUCUUCCUAAAUUCUGGUGUAUUUCUCGUAAUAUUACUAGUUGUAGCUCUCGCUUUUGUCCUUGUUGUUGUUUCUUCAAUUGGCUCUUUGACAUCUCAAAUUUUGAGACCACAGUCGAUCAAGAAAAGUUGGGACUCACUCAACUUGGUUCUGGUCCUCUUUGCUAUUGUCUGUGGAUUUCUUAGCAGCAACAACAGCAGCGGCAGCAGCGGCAGCAGCGGCAGCGGCAGCGGCAGCGGCGGCGAUAAUGAAAACACGAGUUAUUACGAAGAUCAAAGCCUAUCAAAUGUACAAAAACCAUCACAUCCGUCAAGUACUCCUUCACAUAGAUGGUUUGAGCAUCAGGAUCGAACUGUGAGCUAUAACACAUUGAACAGACUGAGGAGUUUCAGUUCGUAUCCAGAUCUUCGUCAAGAAUCUUUGGAACGGUGGAGAUUUUAUGAUGAUACCCACCUGAAUAACUACAGGUUUUCAACCUCAAGUGAUCAGAUUCAUCAUCAUUAUCCGCAGCAAGUCGAGGAAACUAAAAAACAAGAAGAGGGUGUUGGUGUUAAAGAUAUAGACGUUGAUACCUUUGUGAUAAAUCAAAAGGAAGUUUCAUAUCCAUCAUCGCCACCUCCAUUUCCUCCACCACAUCCAUCAUCAUCACCUCCAUUGCCACCAUCUCCGCCUCCUAAGCUUGUGAGGAGAAAGGUGAAGAGAACAUAUCAAGAUCUUGGAUAUGAAAAAAGAACCGAUCAUGAGGAGAAAGUCCUUGAAAACUUCUACAAUAUCCCGCCACCAUCUCCGCCGCCUCCUCCUCCUCCACCACCACCACCACCACCACCUAUAUUCAGCAAGAACGAGAAAAGGAGAGGCAAAGAUUUCUUGAUUUCACUAAGAAGAAAGAAAAAGAAGCAGAGACAAAAGAGCGUUGAAAAUCUUGAUAGCUUCUUCAAUCCUCAACCUACCCCAACUAGUACUCUACCUUUGAUACCGCCACCCCCGCCUCCACCCCCACCACCUCAUUUUCUUCAAAAUUUGUUCUCAAAGAAAGGCAAAACCAAAAAACUCCAUCCAGUUCCCCCGCCGCCACCUCCACCACCAGUCACACGUGUAUCAAAGGUGGUCUCCCAAAAGGUUACGUCAAGAACCAAGGUCCAAGUAGCACCAUUGACAUCUGAUAAACCUCCAGAACCAGCCAAGACACGUCGUUUCCAUAGCGUGGAAGAGAAUGUGGAGAGAGGGAAUGCUUCACGUUUGAUUCCACUACCGCCGCCGCCUCCGCCGCCGCCAUUCAAAAUGCCAGCAUGGAAAUUUGUUCAUGAUGGUGACUAUGUUAGAGUAGGGAGUUUCAACAGUUCGAGGAGUGGAUCACCGGAUUUGGAUAGCAUUGAGGAUGCAUCAUCAGAGAAGGAUCAGUCAAGUCCAGUGGCAGCAGCAAGUGGAUCAGAUUCAGCAGCAACGGCAUUGUUUUGUCCAAGUCCUGACGUGAACACCAAGGCUGAUAAUUUCAUAGCGAGGUUUAGAGCUGGUUUGACGUUAGAGAAGGUGAAUUCUGCCAACAGAAGGUCAAAUCUUGGUCCGGAAGCCAGCACAAGCACAGGCACAAGCACAAGCUAGAAGAAGGCUUCUGAUUUGUUUUUCUUUUUAUUUUUGGAGAUUUGAUUGAUUUUUUUAUAUAAUUUUGUUUAAUAUUUGGCGAGGAUGUAUGUAUGUAUGUUGGUUUGGGCUGUCCUGUCAUUUUAGGUGAAAUUUUAUUAUACAUACAGGAAUGAAUACAUGAGAACAUGGAAUGAAUUAAUUAUUAUUUUUUUCUUUAA